AUGAUCCCCCAAAUAAAGAAACUAGGGCAAAACAUACCGAUGAGCCGUUACUCGGUGGCCGCCCUGCUCGCCAUCCUGCUCGCCCUUCCGUUCGCCUGGCGCGUCCUCGUUCACCGCGAGCAAGGCCACUGGCGUCGUCCUCUCGCCGCCUUCUACUUCGCCCACCUCGAGCUCUUCCUCGGCAACGGCUGCCUCGGCGUCGGCGUCGCGAUGCUGCUCGCCCUCACGCUCGAGCGGUACGCGAGCGUCUGCCGCCCGGGUAGGGCGAGACCGGUGAUGGGCAGCCCGCUGAGGGCGGUGAGAACCUGCAAGCUCAUUCCCGAAAACAUCGUUAUUUACCAACGGACAGAAGAUAGUGACUACCUCAACCACCCUCUCUACAGCGUCUACAAGGUCAUCUUGGAACUCAUUUUCAAGGUGAUUCCUGUUUUUCUGCUGGCCGCGCUCAACCUGCGCAUCCUCGUCGUGUACAGGCGGUCGUGCGAGCGCAGACGCAAGAUGACCUUGAGCAGGAAGGGCUCGGGGGGCGAGGAAGACCCGAGGAAGUUCGCCGAGGAGCGGCGGCUGGUGCUGCUGCUGGGCUCGACCAGCAUCCUCUUCCUCGUCUGCGUCACGCCCAUGGUCAUACUGAACGUCACGCUGUCCGAGGUCAAUCUCAUGAAGUUUCCCUAUCAGGUGUUCAGAGCGAUAGCCAAUCUCCUAGAGAUCACCAACUACUCCAUCACCUUCUACAUCUACUGCUCCUUCUCCGAGGACUUCCGCAACACGCUGCUGCGCACGCUCGGCGUGGGCGGCUCAGAGCGGUCGCGAGGGUUGGGCAAGCGGCCGCCGCCCACCGCCACCACCACCGUCACGCCCGCGCCCAAGGGGGGCGGGUGAUGGGAGGCGUGCGCAAAGGGGGGAACGCCGGUCUAGGAGGGCUGCCGGUAGGAGAGUGCGAACAGAGGUCAUCUUUGGGACACCGCGUGAUUCCACUUUAACGCAUGUGCAUGU